AUGGCUGCGUCCGCGCCGGCGCCAUUGCACCUCUACCGCCGCAUUUUGCGCUUGGCGCGGCGCCUUCCUGCGGACGCGCGGCCGUACUACGCGCAGUACGCGCGGGAGAACUUCGCGGCGUUCCGCGACGAGAGCGACGCGGAGCGCGCGGCGGACAUGACGCGGCGGGGCGCGGAGCACACCAAGUGGGUGGCGCAAAAGUUUAAAAUGGACGAGCAAGUGGUGGCGAAGGUGAUGGAGGGCCUGUGA